AUGGUGGUCACAGUUUUAGGAGUUCAGAGCACAGGGAAGUCCACCUUGCUGAACACCAUGUUUGGAGUUCAGUUUGCAGUCAGCAGUGGAAGAUGCACCAGAGGAGCUUUUAUGCAGCUGAUCAAAGUCAAUGAGGACAUUAAGAAAGAACUUGGCUGUGACUAUUUAGUGAUAAUUGACACUGAAGGCCUAAAAUCCCCAGAGCUGGCAAAACUAGAUGAUAGCUAUGAACAUGACAAUGAAUUAGCCACACUUGUUGUUGGAUUGAGUGACAUCACAAUCAUCAACAUCGCAAUGGAGAAUUCCACAGAGAUGAAGGACGUUUUGCAGAUUGUAGUCCAUGCUUUCAUCAGAAUGAAGGAAAUAGGUAAAAAACCUAAGUGUCAAUUUGUCCACCAAAAUGUUGCUGAUGUGUCAGCCCAUGACAAGAACAUGAGAGACCGAAAGCUUCUGCUCGAGCAGCUGAAUGAGAUGACAGAGGCGGCUGCUAAAAUGGAGAACAAGGAAGAGUAUAAAAUGUUCACUGAUGUGAUGGAGUAUGAUCCAGAAACUUGCAAUUGGUAUAUUCCUGGACUCUGGCAUGGAAAUCCUCCAAUGGCACCAGUGAAUGCUGGCUAUUCCGAGGCUGUCUAUGACCUUAAAAAGAAAAUGAUUGAUGUAAUUGGUAAAUGCAAACUCAGAACAUCUGGAAAUAACAUAACAGAAUUUUUGGAGUGGACAAAAAGCUUGUGGAAUGCAGUCAAAUAUGAAAAUUUCAUAUUUAGUUUCAGGAAUAGCUUGGUGGCUGAUGCAUACAUGAGACUGUGCACAGAAUUUCAUAAAUGGGAAUGGUCUUUCAAGAAGAAUAUGCAUUCUUGGUUAACAGUAGCUGAAACCAGAGUGUCAAAUUUUGAGAUAAUCAAACUGAAAACAGACAAGUCAGAUCUAAAAGAUCUUUUAUGCAAGCUGAAACAGGAAGCUGUCACAAAGCUUGACACCUUGGAAAAGACCACAAUGGAAAACCUUUCCAAAUACUUUGAACAAACAGAGGGUCAUGUCUACCUUGUGGAAAAAUACAAAGAAGACUUUGUGAGCAGUGUAAAAUGUCUCAGGAGGGAAACUGAGAGCUCACUGCUGACACAGCUUGAGGCAACAGUGGACAUUAGGAGAGGAAUGAAAAUUCUGGUUAACAUCAAGAAAAAUUUCACUGAUACAAUGGAGAAAAAAGUGCUGGGCCUACUGGAGGAUUUACGCAAAAACAACAGCUCAAAGAAUGAUGCACAUAUGACUGACAUGCAGCUUGACACAUGUUUUGGACAAAUAUGGCAAGAAACCAUAAAUGAGCUAUCAUUUACUGGACUGAAGCAAAGAAAUGUAUUCGAUUAUGUUUUCAGGCAACUUCGAGAAAACAUGAAACAGAAAGGAGGUUCUGUUACAGAGCAAUUAAUGACAGUGAAACUGAAAGAUCAUGGAACAGGAGUGUUCAAAAUCACUAAAGAAGUCUUUUACAAAAGGUGGAUUAAACAGAUGUUCAAUGACAACUCUGCAGUGGAGCUACAAAAUUUAGCAGAUAAUAUCAUUCACACAUGCACUCAGUUUGUUCUGGAGAAGACUGCAAUGCAUUCAGAUUAUCAUGACACCUACAUUCAAGAGGUCCUACACAUCAUUGAUGACAGAUAUAUGUCCAACAAGAAUAUCCGGUUUUCAGAUGAAUUUGAACUGUCCCUGAAACUGCACAUUUGUGGGUUUUCUGCGAGAGCAUUUCAAGACAUGCAUGAACGUUUCAUUAAGGACAAUGACCCACGUAGAUGCCUUGACCAGUAUAAAGACAAAUAUCGCAAUGAUUUCAAGGACCUGUUCCAUGAUCGCGAUCAGUGUCAAAGAAAGGCUGAAGAAUUCACUAAACUGUGCUUGAUGCCUGCGGUUGAGACAUUCAUCUACAGCUCCUUGGGUCCAGACAUUGUUGACAAAAUGCUUCAGGGAAAAAAUGCAUUUCAAUUCAGCACACGUGCAUUUUUCCAGUACUCACUCUUAAAGCAACUUGUGAAUGAAAAUAACUUUGAACAGUAUGUGAAAUACAUUAGCUACUAUGAAGGUUUCGUUAAGGGCUGGAUAUUAGAUCAAAUAUAUAAACAGUUUUCAAAUAACCAUGAAGUGUCUGAGUUGGAGGAACGUCACCUUCGAGGAAUUACCAAGCAGAUAGUAGAAGCUGUCAAAAUGGCACAGAAUGAAACAAACAAAGAUGGCAUCAAAGGAUUCAUACAGUGCAUAUGCAGGAAGCUUGGACAAAAGCUUAUAAUUCCCAAAGAUGCUCUAGAAACAGUGAUGGUUUUAAACAAUGCUUCUGAAGAGCCAUUUGCAUGCUGGCUAACCAAAUCUGUAGAGGAGAUGGAACAGACACUGAAGCAACAAUUUAAGCAAGUCAACAUACAGUGCAAACUCAGAAAGCUCAAAAUGAAACCCCAGGAUGAGCUCUUCAAGCGUGUGUUUGGAUGUGGCAAACAGUGUCCAUUCUGCAAAACUCCAUGUGAGGCUGGUGGAGAAGCCCACACUGAACACUGUGCUUCAGUUCACAGACCUCAGGGACUGGGUCGAUAUAGUGAUGAAUACUCAAAAAAAUUAGUGACUAAUAUCUGCUCAACAGAUGUCCACAGUGAAGUACAUUUCAGGUGUUAUGAGACUAACAGUGAGUUUCAUCCUUACAAAAGAUACAGGGAAAUCUUUCCAGACUGGCACAUCCCUGCUGAUGUUAGCAUACAGGCUUCAGAUUACUGGAAAUAUGUGAUGGUAAAGUUCAACAAUCAGUUUGCUGAAAAAUAUAAUGCAGUCCCUGCUGAUAUACCCUCAACCUGGAGAUCCAUCACAAAGCAGCAAGCAGAGAACAGCCUAAACGAGUCUUUCAGCAUCAAAAUAUAAAUACUUUCACAACAGUGAUUUGGCAAAAUAAACAAAAUAUACAUUGGUAACAUGACCAUUAAACACAUAUUACCAAUGCCUGCUUAUCUUAGUGGUCAGAAAACUCUAUUGCUUGCAUAUGAUUUUAACUGACUUCCAGUAACCAACUGCUUGAGGAAUAAAUAUUAGGGUUAGAUAUUUAAAAGACAGUUUGAAAGAAAAGGUGAAAGAAGAAAAAGAAAAAAAGAAAAAAAUAGGUGAAAGAAAAAUACAUAUCGAAUAUAAAAAUGCAAAUCAAAGGUUUGAAAUAAAUCAACAUAGAGUGGUGAAAUAUGUUAGUGGUAUUUUAACUGUUAAUUCCUAUUACUUACAUCUUACAUGUUUUACAUAUUGUUAUUUGAUGAAAACCUCUUUAAAAUGUAUAUUUUCUGGUUUGUGGACAAUAUAAUUAACUUCUAAUCAUUUAUUUGUUUAUAAUGAUAUACAGAUAUACUGUGGAAAAUAUAUACUGCAUUAAAUAUUUUGUGUUUAUUGGAGGCAAAAUUCUGAAUCACAAUUAUAAAAUGAUUGUUCUAAGUAUUGAUGCUGAUGUAUUGUCAUUUAUGAUUACUUAAUGUAACAAAUCUGUGCUAGUGUGGAAUA